AUGGCUGAUGAGGAAGCAAGGGGUGAAGCAGAAGAGCAGGCAGCUAAGAAAGGCAAGGGGAAGAAGGCUUUCAAGUGCCGGUACUGCGACCGGGUGUUUGCAACCUCGCAAGCACUUGGUGGCCACCAAAACGGCCACCGCCGGGAACGGGAUGCUGCCAGAAGGGCUGAGCGUGCAGCCGAGCUCUUCUACAGCAUGCAGACGACACCAGUGCCCAUGCUCUCAUUCCCAUCAUUUCUGCACUCCAGUCAGCCGCUUGUGCAUGCUGCCAGAGGCCAUCUCCGGCAGCCACUGUGCCCACCAUAUCACCCCGUGCCACCCUCUGCUCACUACCAGCAUUACCAUCCACCUUAUAGCUUCGACAACAACGUGGAAGCCACAUCGAGGAUUGAUCCAAGGUACAGUUUCUCGGUUUCCCCUUAUGGUGGGCAUGUGCUAAGAGACAAGGAGAGCUCAAGAACUGCAAACUGUCAAAGAAGCUACAACCCUAAAAUUGCUGGUAAUGCAAGGGCACCGCAAGAAAUGGCACAGGUGACCAUGCAAGUCCCAUCAGCAUCCACAAACAUAACCUUAGAAUUUAAGCAAGACAGUGUUUGCGCUGAGGAUGGUAAGAAUGGCAAUGAAGAUAAGAUAGACCUUACUCUUCAUCUAUGA